AUGUUAUUUUUCUUAUCAGUCGUAAUAAUAAAUGGUUUGUAAUUGAAACUCCAACCCUUUGAUUAUUAAAAGGGAGAAAUAACUGAUACAGCGUAUUCAGUUUCAUUGCAAAUUGCUGGCUCAAACUAUUAAAUGGUAAUUGACAAUAUUAAUCCUUAUUCCUGGAUAUAUUCCAAGAAUCCUUCCAAUAACAAUUAAUGUAACAAUUGCCCAUAAACUGUCUAAUAAUUCGAUUGUAAAGAAACACAAGGUUGUGAAAAGCUUUAGAAUUCUGAACCAAUUACAUUAUCAAAUACAAAUAAAUGCAUCUUAGCUAAAAACACUGUCAUGUUGGAUCAACGAUCAUUUGACAAUUUUUAGAUCUGUCUAUCCUAUGAUAUUUCUAAUUAGUAAUAUAAAUAAAAUGGAGUGUUGAGCUUAACAAAAUUAACAGAAUCACCAAACAAAUCAAAUCUAUUUUAUUAAUUAGAACAACACAGCUUGUAAUAAAUUUACCAAAUCUCAACAAGUUAAGGAUAAGAAAGAAUCUUCAUAAGCGAAUAGAGUGAAUAUUAACUCAAAAAGACAAUUACAUAUUAAAACCAAGCACAAGAUUAAUGGAAAUUACAGUUCCAAUUAUUCUCUAAGGAGAUUUAAUUUCUGAAAAAAGAAGACAACCAAUUUAUUACAUUUGAUCUAACUACCAAAUACAAUUAUUUUACAUAAGACAUCGUCAAAAAGAUAAUAACCUAAAUAAAAAACUAUUAGAGUUUAUUUUGUUCUGUAGAAGACAAGAGACUUAUGUGUUUAUGUUCAAAGCCUGACUUUGUAGAUAAGAUUCCAAAAAUUAAAAUUGCAUUUAAUGGGUUACCAAACACAUAUAUUCUCCCUCUGAACCCUAAAUUUUUGGAGAAUGAAUAAAAAUGUCAAUUAGAUAUAUUCCAACAUAGCACUUCCUCAUUUUUAGGAAACUAAUUCUUCUAAUAAAAUGGAGCAAUAUUCAAUUCAAAAGAUAACACAAUUCUGAUUGGAUAAUCAAAUUAAGACACUGAGGAUUCAUAUUCAUUUUCUAAUCCUACUUUAUAUUGCUUAUUGGCUAGUUUCUUAAUGCUGUUUGGAUUAUUAUCUUUAAUAUUCAUACUAAAUAAAAUCUCAUCAGAGCAAUUAUCAAAGCCAAAAUAUGAACAGCCAUAACCAAAACCAUUAUAUGUAGUAUCAAACAAUUUAAAUAAAUUUAAACCAUAUAAUUUAGAGCUAUCUACAAAUCAAUAGAUGGUUUAUUCAAGAAGAUGA